CUAGAAUACGAGGAGGGAAAAAAGAGACAGAAGAACAGCGGCUUAUUUGAUCAGCACCAAGGACAGAGGCACCAGGCAGCUGGUCAGCUGUAGCUUAUAAAGUGCCUCACCAAGCCAUUUGAGAAACCUCUGGAUAAAAAAUCAGAUCCAAGCAACAUAUCAUGUUGUGAAGGAGAGCUUCAAAAGUAUGAGCCACCGUCUUCACCUUGAAGGCAAAUGCAGUUCUUCCCCUUUCCUGAUGGCACCUUUCAACAAAAUCAGCAGCUAUCUCAAUUCAACUGCAUCAUUCAACCCACAUUGGCAAGAUAACACCACGGGACCUGGACUUCAACCUUCUCAUGCCUACUAUGCGCUUUUCUACUGCAUCUUGAUAGUGAUCAUUGUCUUUGGCAACAGUUUGGUUUGCCUGGCAGUACUGAAGGAGCGUAGUUUGCAAACCACUACCAACUACCUUGUGGUGAGCCUCGCAGUAGCAGAUCUGCUUGUGGCCACUUUGGUGAUACCGUGGGCGGUGUACCUUGAGGUGACAGGAGGAGUGUGGAAUUUCGGCCGCAUCUACUGUGACAUAUUUGUAACCAUGGACGUAAUGAUGUGCACAGCCAGCAUUUUAAAUCUGUGUGCUAUCAGCAUUGACAGAUAUACUGCAGUGGUUAUGCCUGUUCAUUAUCAGUAUAGCACAGGGCCCAGCUCUAGCAGGAGGGUCUCCAUAAUGAUUGCAGUGGUCUGGCUGCUGGCAUUUGCUGUAUCCUGCCCUCUUCUCUUUGGCUUCAACACCACAGAAGAUCCCAGUGUUUGUUCUAUAUCCAAUCCCAACUUUGUUAUCUACUCUUCUGUGGUGUCGGGUCUCUUCUACUUCUUCCCUUCCCAUGGGUGGACUCUCUUGCUGUUAUAUGGUCCCGAAUUCCCUGACAUCAAGCUGGAGGCGGAAGACGGGCGGAAAGCUCGAGUCCUCACGAGACAAGGCAGCCAGCGAAUCAAAGCCUGUUACCCGCAGCAACCUCUGACACCCACUGAGCUGCAGCAGUUCUGCAGUUUCUGUCAUGAGGUUUCCAUCUCCAGUACAGGGAACAGAGAGUCCGUCGACCUAAAGCUGAGGAGAAAAACUUCCUGUUUAGAGGUGCGGAAGCUCGACAAUGGCCAAACCGCAACCUCAUUAAGAUUGCCAUCUCAGCAGCAUCAGGCAGUUCAGCUCAGAGAGAGAAAGGCCACCCAAAUGCUAGCUAUAGUUCUGGGGACAUUCAUCGUUUGCUGGCUGCCAUUUUUCUUAACACAUAUAUUGAAUACCCACUGCCAAGCCUGUCACAUCUCCCCAGAACUGUAUGGAGCCACUACAUGGCUUGGCUAUGUAAACAGCGCCCUCAACCCUAUUAUCUACACCACCUUCAACAGUGAGUUCCGCAAAGCUUUCCUCAAGAUCUUAUAUUGCUAAAAACUCGAAGAAUGGCACAAUGUUAUCUUCCAAGAGAAUGUGACAGCUAAGGUGGUGCUGUGUGCGCAUGACUGGACUUUUUGUCAGCCAUCAAUGAACUAGAUGGAGAGAGAAAAUUGGACUUUUCUUCACUCCCAUUACUGUGGGCUUACUCCAGCAAUGCUUCUACAACAAUAGUAGUCUUGAGUCUCAUCUUAAAUAUUGAUGCUGAAAGGAUCCACAUGAGUUAUUAGCAUGUUUAAGAAACCUCCAUUAUGAGUCAUUCCAGACAGUGCCAGGAUGCCCCACUGUUGCUUCAGCACGUGGAACUUUAAAGUUCUAUAAACUUUUCAUCUGAGGGAUAUGUAUAUAUAUAUCAUAUUAUGAAGAAGUCUGAAGGGACUCCUUUAGGAAUUGUCGGAGAUCAGGAAAAUCUGGAGCAUUUAUAUCCUGUAUUUGAAGUAUAGUACAUCCCGCUAGCUGCAAUUGCAAGACUUCAAUCAACUGUGAACUGUGUAACAGAAUGUGAUUGCACAAAAUUGCCAAAACAUAUCAUGCUGAUCUGUAGGGCACAUGCAAAGAGAAUUCUUUGAACUGGAUUUCAUUCACUGAAAUAGCCUCACUUAGAUUUUUACUCGCUCUCUGCUGGAAAACUAUAUGCUGCCAAGUAGAUAAAAGCUAAAAGAGCAGUUUUAACAACACUAAUGCUCAUGAUGUACUUCCGUGGUUUAAAACAUCACAUAGUAUUUAGUAUUUGCAGCAUACACCAUACUUGGAAAUAUAUCCAGCCAAUUUCAGUGAGUCUUCUAAAUAGUGUAUUUACAUCAGGGUGCUAAGACAAAGAUGAAGGUGUUUUAUGCUAAGAUUAUGUGGAUCUAAUUGAAAAGAAGUUCCCCAUAAGUGGUUUGUUCCAAUUCUUUUGGAAGUAGUUUUCAAGAUUUAAAUAGUUGUACUAGAGAGCUGUACAGAGGAUGUGAUUUGAGUGAAAAUAGAAAAUGAUUCUCCUUUUCCAUCUCAGAUGUUUUGUAGUAUGAAAACCUAGAGGUAAUGAGCUGUGUGCCAUAAGCAGCAAGUGUUGCUUAUUACAGCCCAGAAACCACACAGCACCCCGGUGUUGCUUAUCUGUUUCUAACACUAAGCUCUACAAUCACUGAACUAACUUGUUAUGUCUCCUGAAUGCCCGUGGGAUUUAAGAACAUUCUAUUUAAUUUCACAAAAGUUACCCAUGGACUUUGGCAUGUUCUGGUUCUUUCAAAUCCCCUCCAGAACUCAGAUGCCAGAUUCAAAACUGAUCUCUUUGGCACCAGAGCAGGUACAUCAGUUGGAUCUAGACAGGUCAUAAGGCAAAUAAUUGGAGCAGAUCAGCCAGGCCGAGGUUGGCAGCUAAAAAGAUCAGAGGCUAAGGAAAGACAGAGAACAAAGAAAUACGGCCUGUUAUACUGACAGUAGGAGUCCCAAGGCUCAGUGGUAAGUAGCAGUACCUCAAGCAAAAGCUCUGCUCACAACCUGAGUUCGAUCUUGAUGGAAGUCAAUUUGAGGUAGCCAGAUCAAGGUUGACUCAGCCUUCCGUCCUUCUGAGGUUGGUAAAAUGAGUACCCAUCUUGCUGGGAGUAGACAGCUGUGGAAGGCAAUGGCAAAGCAAGUCGAAAACAAAGUCUGCCUAAUAAAUGUCAUGAUGUGAUGUCAUCCCAUGGUCAGUAAUGAUGCAGUGCUUCUAUGGGAGACUACCUUUACCUUUAUACUGACUGCACCUUUUCUACCAGCUAUGGAAUUUUUGCUGGUUGGAAUCUUAGACCCAGUUGUCGGCACCAAUAGAAUUCUGCCCAGUUCUGUACAACUAUUUUUAAGGACCCAAUCCUAGGGCACUCUCUAAUAUUUGAUUAUCUUUUUCUCCGCAUAGCAGAUAAAUUUGCAUCAGACAGCAGGUACCUUUAAAUUAUUCUGAAUAAAUACCAAUGCAAUCUCCCCUAACAUUAAUAUAGUUUAACAUCUUUUUUCUUUUACAGUUAAUUUCAUUCUUAUAAGCAAUCAAAUAUCCAAAUGUAUAGAGAAAAUCCAUUGUUUUAUUGGAUCAAUCAAGUACAGAUACAUUUUUAUUACAGGGAAACUGCUUUCUGGAAUCUUUUUAUUGGUAAGCUGGGGAAAGGGAACUUUCAAUUUCUUUCCACCUUAUUUUCAGCUUUCUUGAAGCCAAGGAUUAGUCAUAAAAUAUGUUAUGUGGCAGCAGUUCUAUUGUAAGAAUACAGGUGUCUGCUACUGACAGAUAAAAUGUUUCUGGCUUCCUAAUAUUCUUUGCUGGAAUGGUGACUUGAAUAAAAUGUUGGCAUGUCAGAAAAUUCAUUAGAGACCCCAAGGAUAUAACUUAAUGACACAAUGGGAGAACUAUCACCGGAUCUCCUUAAAAACUGAAAAAUAUCAUUUGUGUGAACCUUGAUUUGAGUCAGGGCCACGGUGUGGAAGGAUGGAGGAAGAAGACCAUUCCCAGCAUUACAAUACUAUUUAUUUAAACUUCUGAAUAGUUUCUUCAGAGAAGAACAAUGAUGAUUUUUGCUCCUUUGGGUUAAUGGUCCCCUUGAGCUAAUGUCAACACGUUCCACAGGCCAGUAUCCAGCUUGAUGCUUCAGGGGAUCUUGCUUAAGUUCUCUGUUGACCCUGAAAUCAAAAUUGACUGCAUCGCUAGCGGACACGUUUAUCCACUUGCUGAUUGAACCUGCCAGCCGAUGGAUAUCCUUGCCUCUUCUGGGAAGAAUCUCUUUUGCUUUUGAUAUUAACAUGAAAUGUUCUCCUUGCUUCUUUUCUUAGUGGGUGCUAACAGAGGGCCUUUUGGCAACUAUGUGCAUGGGAGGGGCCCUACAAAGUGUAUGUCAGUAAACAUCCAAUAAAGGAUUACAACCUA